UCCCCAAUCCCGGGGAAAACCCUAGCCCCCAAAUCGACUGAGUUCAGCCUCCUCCCAUUCCCAUCCCCACCCACCGGCGGCGCGCAAUGGUAUGACCUGAGGCGCACCGCAUCGCUCUUCCCUCCUGCUUCCAUGGAGCGCAUGCCGGACAAUCGGCGGCCAAAGCUCUCCGACACCGCCGGCGUCCCCGCUGGAGGCGGCGAGGACCGGCUCAGCGCGCUGCCGGACGACCUCCUCAUCCACAUCCUCCUCAAGCUCUGCGACGCCCCCGUCGCCGCUCGGACCAGCAUCCUCGCCCGCCGCUGGCGCCGCGUCUGGGCUCUCCUCCCGGAGCUCGACUUCCCCGCCGCCACUAACCCCGACGGUAUUCGCGCCGCCCUCGCCGCCCAUGAUGCGCCGGCCCUCGGCCGCCUCUUCGUUGACGCCAUCGAGGGUGAGGCCGCCCCCGAAUCCGUCGCGGCAUGGCUCACCAUCGCCGCGCGCCGCCUCUCCGGUGUCCUAGAUUUUAAUAACAGGCAGAAAAUGGACGGCUCCUCCGCCGCAUCUCCCUUGAAGCUGCCUUGCUUUCAGAACGCAACCGAGGUCAUGCUCGAUCUAGAUUCCAUUGGCCUCACCCUGCCGCCUUCUGGCAUAUUUACCCGGCUCACCGAUCUGGAGUUGUUUGACAUGCAGCUACACGGUCCGUGUAGCCUCAGUGAUGUCGUCUCCUCACCACGCUGCCCAUCUUUGCGGCGCCUUUGCGUGUACGAUGUCAAGGGUCUGGACAAGUUCACAAUCCACUCGGAGUCUCUCCUAGAAUUAGAUCUGCGCCAUCUGCCUAGCCUGCAGCAGCUCAAUGUCGUUGCGCCAGCUCUGCAAGAGUUAGCCGUACCGUACGGCAAUGCUUCACUAGUGAACAAAGUCAACCAAUUGCCAACAUCUCAGCCCCUCAGGUGGUGACACUUGAUUGGAGUAGUGCUUAUGUUCCUAGCUCCAUCCUGUUUGGCGAGAUGUCACAUCUCCAACAGCUGACAGCGCAAUUUUUAAUUGUAUAUGGAGAAGAUAUAUUGUCUGCACGUAAUCAUAAUUGCUUGAUGCUUCUGCAGCAUUUUGACCGCAUCAGCAGACUUAUUCUCAACCUUGACUAUCCACUGGUCAAAUGUAGCAACCGAUUCUUGAUGGAAGAGAUGACAAAGUUUCCUAAAGUUACAAGCUUGACAUUGGCUGUAAUGGCAUUUGAACAUUCCUUUGGAGCCAGCUUGUUUCAUGUUCUCAGGAUAUCUAGUGGUAUAAGAGAGCUGGAGGUUAAACUUGCCUUGCCGAGCAAACCGAAGGCAUACCCUCCGUGCCAAUCAGGUUGCAUUUGUGCUGAGCCAUCAAACUGGGAAACCGAGGAACUCGUGCUACCUUGCCUCAAAGAAGUUGCAAUCAUUGGCCUGAGAGGAACUGAACAUGAACUCGCUCUUGUGAAAAGGUUAUUCAACUGGACAACGAUGCUAGAGGGGAUGAGAGUAAAUUUCCAUGACUCAAUCACUGAAAGCAAGGGUGAAGAGCUCCGCAAAUUGUUAUUAAGCUUCUCUAGGCCAGGACUACAUAUGAACUUCACGCAUCAUGGAGAAGUUUGUUCAUACGAUUAGUGCACCAACUCUGUCGCUUUGCAAUGUUUGUUAGUUCAGCGCAGCCUACUUUUGUGAAACUGAACUUCGGUAACUCGUUUGAGUCCAACAACUUGUUUCCAGUAUUUCCGAGACUUUACUCUUGUAACUUGUUUAAGCCUAGAACUUGCUUUCAGUAUCCGCAAGACUGUACCGUAGUGAGUUGUUCAAACUUGGUUAAGACUUGUUUUUCAGUAUUUGUGAGGCUGAAGUGUAGAAACUAAUUGUCUUGCAUACUAAUUGUCUGCCAUCUAAGGAUUAGCUGCAGAGAGGAUAUAACUUGUACCAAGAAGAGCAUGAACACCCUAAAGAGUUGGCAUACUCACACAGGGCUGGAAGAAACUGAAAAAAUGCAGCUGGAAUCAACCUUGGCAUAUACUGAAACAGCAGAGUCCCAUACUCUGCAAUUAACCACCUGAUGCGCUGCAAACUUCGAAUGGCUGAAUUUAAUGAGUUCGACACCGACAUUCCAAAUUUUUGAUGGAACAAUUACAUGGCUAAGACCUAAUCAUGCUAUCGUCAUCCAGGGAAGAGAACAAUUUGGUAGCACAAGCUCCUGGAGCAAUAUAUGUUGAUUUCGCUGGAGCAAUUUGGUAGCUCGAAUUGGUUGCUCGACUUCGCUGCAUAUAUGUUGAUUUC